AUGGUGAUGUUGAUGAUGGUGAUGCCAAAGAUGACAAUGGUGUCUGGUGGAGAGCUGUUUGACCGUAUCAUAGAUCGGGGGGUGUACACAGAGAAGGACGCCAGCCAGCUGGUCCGCCAAGUACUGCAAGCGGUCAACUACCUUCACGAGAACAGCAUAGUGCACAGGGACCUCAAGCCAGAGAACCUGCUAUACUUCGACUCAGACGAGAACUCCAAGAUCAUGAUCAGUGACUUCGGCCUGUCCAAGAUGUCCGACCACGGAGUGAUGUCCACAGCCUGCGGCACGCCAGGAUAUGUUGCCCCUGAAGUUCUGGCUCAGAAACCCUACAGCAAGGCUGUGGACUGCUGGUCCAUAGGAGUCAUCACAUAUAUCCUGCUGUGUGGCUACCCUCCCUUCUUUGAGGACAACGAGACACGUCUGUUCGCUAAGAUCAUGAGGGCCGACUACGCUUUCCACUCGCCUUUUUGGGAUGACAUCUCUGAGUCAGCGAAAGACUUCAUCCGGAACAUGAUGCAGAAGCACCCUAACAAACGGUUCACCACAGAACAGGCCCUCAGACACCCCUGGGUCAUUGGAAAGACAGCGAGGGAUCAGGACAUCUAUAAAUCAGUCAGCAUGCAGAUCCAGAGGAACUUUGCCAAGUCCAAAUGGAGGCAAGCCUUCAACGCCACAGCAGCCAUCAAACACAUAAAGAAGCUGCAGUUGGCCCACGCCGACCCCGACGCCCCUCUCCCUCCCAUCCCUGCCAUAGCCAUCAACCCCUGCAACUCCCAGAAUCCCCUGCGGGGUGUCAACAACAUCACCACAGAGGAUGUUGACUCCACCAGCAACCUCCCGAUCCCAAUGUGUCACAUGACCCCUCCAGAGGCACAGUACCGGGGCCUGAGAGCCAGUCACAGCGAGCCCAUGCACGCGCCGGUCGUCAUGGAGACAUAUAACGCAGAGAAUUGCUCCUCAUUCACGGCAGCUAAGAGCUGUGAUAUGGACAGGGCGACCAAUAGGAAUGGCCAGACUAUGCAAACUGGGGUGUGUUCUGUCAUGUGAUUGGUUGAUUGGCCUGAGGAUCAAUUCAACUACGUCAAGUGUUUCUGCAGUGUUGCAGUCAAGAAGUUUGAGCCACUCCUUGCUGCUCUACAGGUGUCUGUCUGCUGCCUCCUGCUGGUUCAUUUCUGUAGUGCUCUUCUGAGAUUUCCAGGGGCCCAUAGCAAGGACCCGGGGCCUGAACCUUCUCCAAAGGAGAACACAGGAAUACCUGGGGUUCAUACCCAAUUACAGUGCAGUACAUUUACACUCACGCACAAAUGUAUGCACUCACACACACAAAUGCAAACUUUCAUUUCUCUGACCCAAGCUACUGUCGAUGAAGCUUUUGAAGUGUACAUUCUGUCAUGCAGUACCAGUCAAAAGUUUGG